AAAGUAAUAAACCAUCCCUGAAAAAUCCCCUGUUUUCUUUUCCCACUUUCUUCAUUGUAAUACUCUUACCUGAUCGAUCACACUGUCACCAAAUCCCUACUUUCUCUCUCCUACCUUUUUCCUUUUCCUCCAUUUUCCGCCAUGGAUCUACCUUCUGAAAGCCCCAUUUGCUCGCGUUAGAUCUCCCAUUUUCAUCUCCAUUAACCAUCAAUCUUUUCGAUUUCUUACUUUUUAACUUAAUAAAUUUCAAAAAAAUGAAAGUUCCUUGUUGUUCAGUGUGUCAUACGAGGUACAACGAUGAAGAACGAACUCCACUAUUACUCCAUUGUGGCCAUGGAUUCUGUAAAGAUUGUCUUUCUAGAAUGUUCACAUCUUCGCUUGAUAACUCUCUCGCUUGUCCUCGUUGUCGUCAUGUAACCCUAGUAGGAAACUCAGUUACAGCGCUGAGAAAGAAUUUCGCUCUACUCGCAGUCACCUCUGCUUCCGGUAGUGAUGAUGAUGACGACGUCAGUGAUGGAGAGGAUGAUGUGGAUGAUAACAACGAUGAGUUCGAGCAGUACGAGGAGGAUCGACGUCGGAGCUCGAGCACUUCAUGUUCGGUUGGCGGAGCAAUCGAGCUGGCAAAUCAUGGAGAUUUGAGGUUUUUGCAGAGGAUUGGGGAAGGGAAGAGGGCUGGGGCGGAAAUGUGGACAGGAAUUCUUGGUGGUGGAGCUCGGGAUCCAUCUCGAGGACGGUGUCGACAUAAGGUGGCGGUGAGGAAGGUAAGUAUUACCGAGGAGAUGGAUGUGAUGUGGGUGCAAAAUCAUUUGGAGAAUUUGAGGCAGGCUGCUAAAUGGUGUAGGAAUGUUUGUACUUUUCAUGGAGUUAGUAGAGCGGUUGAUAAUUAUCUUUGUCUUGUUAUGGAUAGAUGUUAUGGAUCUCUUCAAUCAGCUAUGCAGAGAAAUGAGGGAAGGUUGACACUCGAGCAAAUCCUCAGAUAUGGAGCAGAUAUUGCUCGAGGGGUCACUGAACUUCAUGCUGCUGGUGUUAUUUGUAUGAAUUUGAAACCGUCUAAUGUCCUUCUGGAUGCGACUGGUCAUGCUGUGGUUUCUGAUUAUGGACUUCCAGCAAUCCUAAAAAAGCCAGUAUGUAGAAAAGUUCGAGCAGAAGGGGAUUCGUCAACAAUCCAUUCUUGUAUGGACUGCACGAUGCUAAGUCCACACUAUACAGCUCCAGAGGCAUGGGAACCUGUUGGGAAAUCCUUGAACUUGUUCUGGGAAGAGGCUAUAGGGAUUUCUACGGAGUCCGAUGCAUGGAGUUUUGGGUGUACCUUGGUGGAAAUGUGCACUGGGACUGUUCCUUGGGCAGGUCUGAGUGCUGAGGAAAUUUAUCGUACUGUUGUCAAGGCUCGAAAAUUGCCUCCCCAAUAUGCAAGUGUAGUUGGUGUCGGAAUACCGAGGGAGUUGUGGAAGAUGAUUGGGGAAUGCCUACAAUUUAAACCAUCUAAGCGACCCACUUUCAGUGCAAUGCUAGCCAUAUUUCUUCGUCAUUUACAAUUACUGCCUCGAAGCCCGCCCGCGAGUCCGGAAAACGAAGUAGAAGCAUGUACCAGUACAAAUUUGAUAGAACCAUCUCCAACAUCCGUCUUGGAGGUUUAUCCAUAUAACCCCAAUCAAUUGCAUCUACUAGUUUCAGAGGGGGAUCUGAAUGGUGUAAGAAACUUCCUUGCAAAGGCCGCAUCUGGAGCUGGUAGUAGUGCAGUGUCUUCACUACUGGAGGCACAAAACAAUGAUGGGCAGACAGCUCUUCACCUUGCUUGUAGAAGAGGGAGUGUCCGACUUGUUGAAGCUAUUUUAGAAUAUGAGGAGGCCGAUGUAGAUAUCCUCGAUAAAGAUGGGGAUCCUCCACUUGUAUUUGCUUUGGCUGCUGGAUCUCCUGAGUGUGUGCGUGCCCUUAUUAAAAGAAAUGCUAAUGUGAGAUCUAAAUUGAGAGAAGGAUUUGGCCCUUCUGUAGCCCAUGUCUGUGCAUACCAUGGUCAACCUGAUUGCAUGCGUGAGUUGUUAUUAGCAGGAGCCGAUCCUAAUGCUGUUGAUGAUGAAGGUGAAUGUGUGCUGCACAGAGCUGUUGCAAAGAAGUAUACAGACUGCGCUUUGGUCUUAUUGGAACAUGGGGGUUCUAAAUCAAUGGGUGUUCGGAAUUUAAAGAACAUGACACCUUUGCACCUUUGUGUUGCAACAUGGAAUGUGGCUAUUGUGAGAAGGUGGAUAGAAGUUGCUUCAAUUGAUGAGAUUGUUGAUGCAAUUAAUGUGCUGAGCCCAGUUGGUACUGCUUUGUGUAUGGCUACAGCUGCUAAGAAGGACCAUGAAAAAGAGGGAAGAGAAUUGGUGCGGCUAUUGCUUGCUUCUGGUGCUGAUCCUACAGCCCAAGAUGCUCAACAGAGGACUGCUUUGCAUACAGCUGCUAUGGCUAAUGAUGUGGAGCUUGUGCAGAUAAUUUUAGAUGCUGGAGUUGAUGUUAACAUUCGUAACAAGCUCAACACAAUACCUCUUCAUGUGGCGUUGGCUCGAGGUGCAAAAUCUUGUAUAGGACUCCUUCUAUCGGCUGGAGCUGACUAUAACUUCCAGGAUGAUGAAGGUGAUAAUGCUUUCCACAUAGCGGCUGAUGCAGCUAAAAUGAUCCGUGAGAACCUUGAAUGGAUCAUUCAUAUGCUGAAGUAUCCAGAUGCAGCUGUUGAGCUAAGAAACCACAGUGGUAAGACGUUAAAAGACUUUCUAGAGACUCUUCCUCGAGAAUGGAUUUCCGAAGAGCUGAUGGAGGCACUUUUGGAUAAAGGGGUUCAGCUGUGUCCUACUAGAUAUGAUGUCGGUGAUUGGGUGAAAUUUAAAAGAAGCGUCACUACUCCAAAGUAUGGUUGGCAAGGUGCAGAACAGAAAAGUGUUGGUUUUGUACAGAGUAUUGUUGACAAGGACCAUCUGAUCAUCUCAUUUUGCACUGGAGAGGCUCAUGUUAUGGUUAAUGAAGUUGUGAAAGUGAUUCCACUGGACCGAGGACAGCAUGUGAAACUUAAAGAAGAUGUCAAGGAACCGAGAUUCGGAUGGAGAGGCCACUCACGUGAUAGCAUAGGAACUGUACUAUGUGUUGAUGAUGAUGGGAUAUUGCGGGUUGGGUUUCCAGGGGCUUCCCGGGGAUGGAAGGCUGACCCCGCAGAAAUGGAAAGAGUUGAAGAAUACAAAGUUGGGGACUGGGUUCGUAUCCGUCCUUCUCUUACCACAGCCAAGCAUGGAUUGGGUGCUGUAACGCCUGGAAGCAUUGGUAUAGUAUACUGUAUUAGGCCUGAUAGUAGUCUGUUACUGGAACUCAGCUACCUUCCAAAUCCAUGGCAUUGUGAGCCAGAGGAAGUUGAGCAUGUUGAGGCUUUCAGGAUUGGUGACCGGGUGUGUGUGAAACGCUCAGUUGCAGAACCGAGAUAUGCUUGGGGGGGUGAGACUCACAAUAGCGUUGGGAGAAUCAGUGAGAUAGAGAGCGAUGGCCUUUUGAUUAUUGAGAUACCUAAUCGGCCAAUUCCCUGGCAAGCUGAUCCAGCAGACAUGGAAAAGGUGGAGGAUUUUAAGGUUGGGGACUGGGUUAGAGUCAAAGCUUCAGUCUCCUCUCCCAAAUAUGGAUGGGAAGAUGUCAACAGAAAUAGUAUUGGAGUAAUCCAUAGUCUGGAGGAGGACGGUGACAUGGGAGUUGCCUUCUGCUUUAGAAGCAAGCUUUUUUGCUGUUCUGUAACUGAUGUGGAGAAGGUGGCUCCUUUUGAGGUUGGGCAAGAGAUUCAUGUGAUGCAAUCUAUUUCUCAACCACGUCUUGGGUGGUCUAAUCAAUCCCCGGCUACUGUUGGGAAGAUUGUGAGAAUUGACAUGGAUGGAACACUGAAUGUGAGAGUAGCUGGAAGAUCCAGCCUGUGGAAAGUUUCUCCCGGAGAUGCAGUAUGCAUGUCAGGCUUUGAAGUGGGUGAUUGGGUUCGAUCAAAGCCUAUCUUGGGAACUAGACCAAGUUAUGAUUGGAGCAGUAAGGAAGGUGUAGCAGUUGUCCAUAGCGUGCAAGAUAAUGGUUAUUUGGAACUUGCUUGUUGUUUCCGUAAAGGGAAGUGGCAUGCUCAUGACACUGACAUGGAAAAGAUCCCUGGUCUCAAAGUUGGGCAGUAUGUUAGAUUUCGUGCUGGGCUAGGAGAGCCAAGAUGGGGUUGGAGAGGUGCUAAUCCGAAUUCCCGAGGUGUUAUUACUAGUGUUCAUGCUGAUGGAGAAAUAAGGGUAGUAUUCUUUGGCUUGCCAGGGUUAUGGAAAGGUGAUCCUUCCGACUUGGAGAUUGAGACAGUGUUUGAUGUAGGUGAGUGGGUAAGAUUGAAGGAUGGCACUGAAAAUUGGAAGUCUAUUGGGCCUGGCAGCAUAGGAGUUGUACAGGGACUAGGAUAUGAAGGUGAUGAAUGGGAUGGGACUGUUUCUGUUGGGUUUUGUGGAGAGCAAGAAAAAUGGGCUGGGCCCAUCUAUCGUCUUGAAAAGGCUGACAAACUGAUACUUGGACAAAAGGUUCGAGUAAAAUUCUCAGUUAAGCAGCCUAGAUUUGGCUGGUCUGGUCAUAGUCAUGCUAGUGUUGGAACAAUUGCUUCUAUUGAUGCCGAUGGCAAGCUGAGGAUAUAUACACCAGCGGGUUCAAAGGCUUGGAUGUUGGACCCAUCUGAAGUUGAAGUGGUUCAGGAAGAGGAGAUCCGUAUUGGUGACUGGGUUAAGGUCAAGGAAUCAGUGACAAACCCGACUCACCAAUGGGGAGAUGUGACUCCUUCCAGCAUUGGUGUGGUACAUCGCAUGGAUGAAGGGCAGCUCUGGGUGGCAUUCUGCUUCAUGGAAAGACUUUGGCUUUGCGUGGCACCAGAAAUGGAAAGAGUUCGGCCAUUCAAGGUUGGAGAUAAGGUGAAGAUUAGAGAAGGUUUAGUGGCCCCACGAUGGGGUUGGGGAAUGGAAACUCAUGCUAGCAAGGGAGAAGUGGUUGGAGUUGAUGCCAACGGGAAGCUAAGGAUAAAGUUUAGAUGGAGAGAAGGGAAACCGUGGAUUGGAGAUCCUGCUGAUAUUGUUUUAGAUGAUACCUAGAAUACAACGGAGAAGUUGGCCAUUGUAUUAUGUCAUGGGCAGCUUUGGGAAGUUUGGUCCCUCGAUUUUUUUGUAGUGGCUUCAAAUGUACCCUGCUGCUCUCUGAAUCAUCCAGUAUAUGGUCAUUUUAAUACAUUCAUAAUGCAUGGAUGAUACAUUGGCGGAAGUCUUACUGUUAAUAAAGAGAAGAAUGACCAUGCAUGAACAUGCUUCGACAUGGCAGUGGGCUCAUUUCACUGUUGUAGACAGAUAAAUACGUGAGCCAAAUAAGGGAAGUAACGGUGUGCCAUUUGUAUUGCAUUAAUUUAUGUAUAAUAGUCCCUUGGAGCUUCAUAUUGCAUAUAUAUAGAACUGAUACUGAAAUUUUGUACAAAUUAAUCACCAUAAUCAAGUUAUUGGCCUUGUCUUCGUGUUGACUUUGUUUCGACUUUUACGUUCUUGUACAUGACUAAAAGCUUGGAAUUUUCCAUCUUUGAAAACUCGUAGCUACAAUGUUCGCAAAA